UCACUUCCGGUGUUUCCCUUUUCACGUGGUGAAAUAUUUUGUGACUCGUGUUUGUGGAAGUGUUUACGUUUGUGACAGUAUGGGGAGAUAUGCUCGGAAAAAACAGCACAAGGGUGAUAAGCCCCUUAAAGAGAAAUAUCGGACAAAGCGAAAAACUAAAGACUGGGACCAAAUAGACGAAGAUUUGAAGCCAGGGAACGCCGAAAAGUUACUGAAUCAGGAGACUGAUUUUGACAAGCCAGGAGCUGGGAAAUUUUAUUGCUUACAUUGCGCAAAGUACUUCAUAGACACACAUGCCCUGAAGGAACACUUCCGAAGCAAGCCCCACAAAAGAAGGCUGAAAGCAUUAGAGUUGGAACCAUACACAAUAGAAGAGGCAGAAAGGGCUGCAGGAAUGGGAUCAUAUGUAGCACCUAAGAAAAGGAAAAUGGAAACACAAUCAUUAUCAGAGGAGAUGAAGACAGAUCAAGAAGGAACCUGAACAUAGUGUGUGUGACAGCUGAAAUAAAAAAAGGACAUUUCUAUUCUGAGACUGUGAUAAUGGUGUUGCUGUAAGAGAGUUGUGUAACUUUGGUUCAUUGUUGUUGUUGCAAUAUCUGAGAUAUUUUGCAUGCAAUUACACAAUCCAUCAUUUACAGUGUGUUUCAAUCCUGGACAGAACUGUUGUCAGUGUUUCCCUAUCCAUCAUAAAAGGAGAUCAACCUCUAAGAUUAUCACAAUUAGACAUGGAAUCUUGUCAGAUGCUGAAAUUGUUAUCGAAUACCCUUAAUCAUGUGAUGGAUAUGCUUUAAAGAAACUCAACAUGGGCUAAAAACCUUUUUUGGGGUAGUGAGAAUAUCACAAAUUGUUAUUUGUACAUGAAAAUAUGUAUUCAUGGAUGAGCAUAUUGAUAAUAGUAUCAAUAUGAUUAUAUGAACACAAAUAAAAGUAAUUUAAGUUGAA